AAAGUUAAAUUGGUAUUGUUUGAAACGAAACGUUUGAGUCGACUUCAAGUGAAAAUAAUAAUGUUUUUGACCAAUUGAACGAGGAUGUUGUGCACUGCAGCCGAGAUUGAGAGGAAGAAGCGGCUGGCCAAGGUGAAACUGCUUCAGAAGCGAACACAACACUCCAGAAACUUGAAUGAUGGACCUGGAAUCACCUCUAACCUUGCUCAAACAAACACUUCUCCUGCAUCUCCAAAAUUUUUCCCAAAAGCAAAGAGUGUUCCAGGCACAAGUUCAUCGUUUGAUAAAUCCCCGAAACCUCGAAAUAACUCUUUUCCAAGUAGUAACAAUAAAUUCAACACCAAACCAUUUAACAAUGAUCAAAGAAUUCAAGCAACUUGCAUUCUACUUACUAGUAACAGAUUUCAAGUGAAACUAUCUGCAUAUUUCAAUGUGGCAAUUGAAGUUAUGAAAACUAUACCCUCAAAAUCUUAUGACCCCAAGACUUGUAAUUGGAAUUUUUCUCUUGAUCAUUAUGAUAUGUUAUUGUCAAAGCUUGACAAGUUAAAUUCACAUUUACAAGUCGUCAAAUUGCCACUGUGGAUACAUAAUUUAAAGAGGAAGCCCAAAGAUGAUUGCUAUGAUUUUAGUAUUAUUGAUGAAGAACUCAGGAAUACAUUGAUGCCUUUCCAGGAAGAGUCACUAUGCUUUGCAAUUGAAAGAAAUGGAAGGUGUUUCAUUGCUGAUGAAAUGGGACUUGGGAAAACAAUUCAGGCAUUAGCAAUUGCAGCUUAUUACAGGCAGGAUUGGCCAAUUCUGAUUGUUACAACUGCUUCAACAAGUUCAAGUUGGGAGGUGACAAUCUGCAAAUAUUUAACAUCCAUCCCAAUUAUGAAUGUUCAAGUCCUUGGCUCUAAAAACGACCAUAUGGAUAAACCCACUGUGAUAAUUACAUCCUACGAUAUGAUGACGAGGCGUACGGAUCAUUUACUCACCCUGAAAUGUGGAAUCUGCAUCUUUGAUGAGUCCCAUUCCCUAAAAAACUUCAAAACGAAAUGCUUCAAGUCAGCCCUAACGCUAGCAAAAUUAGCGAAACGUGUUUUACUUCUAAGUGGUACACCAGCCCUAUCAAAACCCAGUGAGCUCUUUACCCAGCUCCAACUCAUCGACGAAUCUUUCUUUAUUAACUUCAUGGAGUUCAGUAAACGAUACUGUGACGGUAAGGAGUCAACAUUUGGCUGGGACUCAUCCGGACAGAGUAACCUCGAAGAACUGCAAAUUGUACUUGAACAGCGCUUUAUGAUUCGCAGGACGAAAGACACUAUAAGCGCGCUGGAUCUGCCUGAAAAAGUCCAAGAAAUAAUUCAUUUGAAUAUCUCCGAGGCGGAUUUGAACGUCAAGGAAUUGGAAGUAUUGAAGGACACUGACAUGAAGAAAAACGCCAACAAUAUACAGCUGAUUCUGCCAUUCUUUCACAAUACAGCGAAAAUUAAGAUACCAGCUGUGACUGCGUACAUAACUAAACUUCUGCAAGAAGAAACGCGAAAAUUCAUCAUAUUUGGUCAUCAUAUGAUCAUGUUGGAUGCAAUUGAACGCGUUCUGAACGAGAGCUCCAAAGGAUUUAUACGAAUUGACGGCAGGACCACGGACAGAGAGAAACAAGUGAGAUUGUUCCAAACUAGUGAUAGUGUUUCCUGCGCACUUCUGUCAAUCACAGCCGCAAACUCUGGUAUUACACUCACCGCAGCGGAAAUGGUUAUUUUUACUGAGUUGCACUGGACGCCAAGUAUAUUAGCACAAGCAGAAGCAAGAGCUCAUCGAAUAGGUCAGACGAAACCCGUCACCAUUCGAUACCUAAUCGGAUCGAAAACCGUUGAUGAUUACAUCUGGCCGAUGCUGCAGAGCAAACAACGUACACUCAACGAAAUGAAACUCACAACCGACUCAUUCGACAACUUCAAGACAAUGAAAUGUAAAGCGACGCCGCAAAAAUCAACAAUAACGAAUUAUUUCUCCCCGAAAUCGGACGCCAAACGCGUAAAACUCGAAGAUGUGUUUAAUGCAACUGAAGCGAAGAACGAAGUAUUUGCGAUGCCUGUACCUACAAGUUCAAAAGCGGUGGUGCAAAAAUCAGGAUCUGUUUGGCGAUGAUGAACUCGACGACUUUUCUCGAACUAUGCUACACAACAAAUCAAACCUAAACCUAAUCCUGUAAAUCUUGAACAUUCUAAAAUACCUACAAACCCUGAUGAUCUGUUUAAUGACGAUAUGGAUGAUUUGUUUAAAGCGAUUCCUAUUUAAUAUCCUCGUGAGACUGUACGUGGCAUGUACAAAAAUAUUUUUUAUUUAUUGGCAUUAUACAUUACUAUGAAUGUUACAUUUACAUGUUUGAUAAUAUAUUUGCGCUUGCAAUUAAGUACAUUUUAACAA